AUGGGGCCCGCGCAGUCCUCGUGCGACCGCCGUCCGGUGUUCUACUUCAUCGGCGACUCCAUCACCGAGUACGGCAGCGACCCGGACAAGCGCGGCUUUAUCACGAUCUUGCAGCACCACUACGUGCGAGCGAUCGACUGUGUCAACCGCGGCCUCUCGGGCUACAAUACCAAAUGGGUGCUGGAGCACGCGAUGCCCGUUUACGUGACCGAGCUGCAGGCCGCGUACUCGGCGUCCCUUGUGACGGUCUUCCUUGGGGCCAAUGACGCCGUGCUCGAGCACGGACCCGACGCUGCGCAGUUCGUGCCCCUGGAGGACUAUCGAGCCAAUCUGCACGAGAUCGUGCGACGCGUGCGCCCCUUUUGGCUCCUCACGGCCAAGUGCUUCUGA